AUGGUAAGACGGACCAUCACUCGCACUUGCCCACUCUGCUCACUUCGAAUCCACGCAGCGCAAGCCAAUCUCACAUUGGCUCAACGUCACUAUCGCGCUCGUCUAUUCGAACUUCGCGAACUGAUCCUCGCCGAGGAAGCCAAGUUUCAGCGCGUUGUUGCAGAGAUAGAUGAAAUCCGGGCUGGAAAAUGGGACGACAAGACCAAAGCUAAGCACGAUGGCACACAAGAGCCAUCGCAAGAACCGAAAGAACCAAUGUCCCAGGAAGAGAUGAGCCGAGUACGCUUCUCGUCGCCCAUCCUUCCAGUCAACUCUCAUUACCCGAACAUUGUAGGAGGAUCUCAACCUUCAGACAAUGGUACUACCAGAUCAAAACAAAACGGUCGAACCAAGCGGGUUCUCCGACAAAACCAAAAUACCCGAUCGCUUCGCAGUGCCUCUAAAUCGGAGGUUGGAGGCUGAAGAGGAAGAGGAAGAAGAGGACGAGGGGGAGCGAGAGAGAGAAUUGGUAGGAGCGGCUACUAUACCUGUGCUUCAGGAGCAGAUUAUGUUAGACGAAUCGCCCAAUCCUGCCCUGCCUUCCCCUCCACCGCAGGUUGGGCAAAAGCAAACACUACCCGAUCAACUCGCGCCACGCCCUUCUGAUUCUACUAUAGCAGUACGUCCAGAUAUACCAAAGCUGGAACGUCAGGACAGUACAAUGGAAAUAGAAGAAGUUCAGAGUGCACGAUCUCCUUCCUACACCUCAGGCGAAACAAACCGCAAUCGUGAGGGUAAACGAAAGGCUUCUGAUGCCGAGGGCGUAUCACCUAGUCCAGUGCGAGAGGCGAAGAGACAUCGCGAGGAGUCAGAACCUGCAGAGGAGGAAGAUCAAGGUCCAAGCUCCGGUCAGACUCGGAAACGACGACCAACUGGUACAAGCGAUCGCGUCGCAGACAAACGGUUCCAGAAUGUCAUCGGAAUGCUGCAUUCACAAAUAUCUCAGCACCGCAACGGUAACAUCUUCCAUAAUCCAAUCAAGAAUUCGGAGGCCCCUGACUAUCACGAGAUAAUUAAACGGCCUAUGGACCUAAAAUCAAUCAAAGCGAAAAUCAAGGACGGCGUAAUCAGCACGUCUUUGGAGUUUCAAAGGGAUGUAUAUCUGAUGUUCGCAAAUGCGAUGAUGUAUAACCGGCCAGGAAGUGAUAUUUAUCACAUGGCGGAAGAUAUGAUGAUUGAAAGCGAAGUCCAUAUAAAUACCUUUCGACAGACGGAGGGUUUCGUUCGAAGUACUCAUCGUUGAUACCUGCAGUUAGAUU